GUGAUGCAGCCGCCCCCUGGUGGUAACUACAGUUCAUUAUCGGUACGAUUCUCUCGUCAGUUGUGGACAGCCGCCUGUGCUGAAACUGAAACUGCCCAAGGCGUCAGCAGAUUCUGCUCUUCAGACCUUUUCGGACUUUUGUCUGUCUGUAGGCUACUUCUGCUGCUUCAACAACUGGCUGCACUGAGAAUUGUGAUAAUUUUUCUUCUUCCUCUGCGUUUCAAUACUUUUACAACAUCUCAUUGGAAUACACCACCAACUGUUUCAGAGCUUGCCAUUCUUUGGACACUGAACAUCUAUGCGGAGUCAUAAUUCUUGUUUGACCACGUCGUGUAAAUGCCCUAAAUGACUAGACUUGAGAAAACGCAUCGAAGUUCCAAUGUGAUGAAUCUGUACAAGAGGAAAAUUACUAGGCUAAGAUGGGUAAUAAGCAAACGAUAUUUACUGAUGAACAGCUAGAUGCUUACCAGGACUGUACCUUCUUCACACGGAAAGAGAUCCUCCGGUUACAUGGGCGAUACCAUGAGCUGGCUCCACACCUAGUACCCAUGGACUACACCAACGAGCCUGAUGUUACAAUACCCUUAGCUCUUAUAGUCAGCAUGCCAGAACUAAAUGAGAACCCGUUCAGGAACAGGAUCGUAGAGUCCUUCUCUGAGGACGGAGCGGGGAACCUGAGCUUCAACGACUUUGUGGAUAUGUUCUCUGUCCUCAGUGAGACAGCCCCCAGGGAGCUCAAGGCCAUAUACGCCUUCAAAAUAUACGAUUUCAAUGUGGAUAACUUCCUGUGUAAGGAGGAUCUGGAGAAGACUUUGAACAAGCUGACGAGGGAGGAGUUGAGCCCUGAAGAGGUCACCCUGGUCUGUGAGAAGGCCAUCCAAGAGGCUGACCUAGACGGAGAUAGCAAACUGUCCUUCGCUGACUUUGAAAACAUGAUCACCAGGGCUCCUGACUUUUUAAGUACCUUCCACAUAAGAAUCUGAAAGGGCUCCUUGGAAAGGUCUAUAUUCAGAUUUUAUGGCAGAGAUCCUGACCAUGCAAAAAACACUGCCCACACACACCCUGACCACAGCACAGUGCCUCUCUGCGGCUACAGACAUCACUCUCCCUGGUCGUCUGUCUGUAGAGAUGUCAGCUGAACCAGGAACAGACUGGUUCUCACUAUGACCCUGGAUCUCUUCAGUUUGGUUGUCCUCUCUUAGACACACCCACAUUCUCUUUGGCCUCCUGUGUUUCCUCUUCAUUAGCCUUACUUGUUUGGUUUGAGGAUGUCGUUUAGUUUUUUUGUUGACGUUUAUAUGUCGUAGUAAUAUUAUUACUACAGCCUCUGACGGAACGAUGAUGCUUUGUAUGUUUUCUUAAAACGACAGAGAAACAGAAGGUGAAAUGGGAACCUUUAUAAACUGUUCCUCCCCACUCAAACCCAGACCAGCCCUGGAGGAGUACAAGCAGAUCCACAGAAACAUUCCCCUUGUGCCUCAGACCUCCAUACUCAGGUCUCCUUAAUGAACGGAUGAGGACCAUCUACAGCCCUGAGAGAUCAGGACCUGGAACAUGCCUGGUGUACAUUAUACAAGACCAGAUGACAAAGAGAGAGGACAGACAGAGAGGACAGACAGAGAUGACAAAGAGAGAGGACAGACAGAGAGGACAGACAGAGAGGACAGACAGAGAGGACAGACAGACAGGAUAGAGAGAGAGAACAGACAGACAGGACAGACAGAGAGGACAGACAGACAGGACAGACAGAGAGGACAGCGCUGCAUCACCAAGGUCACACAGACAGACGGACAGAGUUUUAUGACAGCAAUGCACUAUUUACUCAUCACACGUAUAAAACGUAAUAUUCUGUUUCUCCUGUUGUUAGUAAAUUGUUGGGUCAUUUCUAAGUCUUGUCCAAAAUGGCAACCUAGUCCCUUAAUAGUGCACUACUUUUGACCCGGGCCAGUAGUGCACUAUCUAGUGAAGAGGGUGCCGUUUGGAACUCCCUCCUGCUCUUGAUGAAUUUCGCAGGACAUUUCUAUGUUCUGUUGUUGCUAUAAUUAAUGAUGAUAUCACACCUGACUGUUCUCUAGUUCUCAUGAAGACAUGUACCCAUCUCUACUAUCUCUACCAUAGCCUCAGACAUCUCUACUGCUACCAGUCUCUUACCCCUCUCCUCAGGGGACCCUCAGACAUCUCUACUGUCUCUUACCCCUCUCCUCAGGGGACCCUCAGACAUCUCUACUGCUACCAGUCUCUUACCCCUCUCCUCUGGGGACCCUCAGACAUCUCUACUGCUACCAGUCUCUUACCCCUCUCCUCAGGGGACCCUCAGACAUCUCUACUGUCUCUUACCCCUCUCCUCUGGGGACCCUCAGACAUCUCUACUGUUACCAGUCUCUUACCCCUCUCCUCUGGGGACCCUCAGACAUCUCUACUGCUACCAGUCUCUUACCCCUCUCCUCAGGGGACCCUCAGACAUCUCUACUGUCUCUUACCCCUCUCCUCUGGGGACCCUCAGACAUCUCUACUGUUACCAGUCUCUUACCCCUCUCCUCUGGGGACCCUCAGACAUCUCUACUGUCUCUUACCCCUCUCCUCUGGGGACCCUCAGACAUCUCUACUGUUACCAGUCUCUUACCCCUCUCCUCUGGGGACCCUCAGACAUCUCUACUGUUACCAGUCUCUUACCCCUCUCCUCAGGGGACCCUCAGACAUCUCUACUGUUACCAGUCUCUUACCCCUCUCCUCUGGGGACCCUCAGACAUCUCUACUGUUACCAGUCUCUUACCCCUCUCCUCAGGGGACCCUCAGACAUCUCUACUGUCUCUUACCCCUCUCCUCUGGGGACCCUCAGACAUCUCUACUGUUACCAGUCUCUUACCCCUCUCCUCUGGGGACCCUCAGACAUCUCUACUGUUACCAGUCUCUUACCCCUCUCCUCUGGGGACCCUCAGACAUCUCUACUGUCUCUUACCCCUCUCCUCUGGGGACCCUCAGACAUCUCUACUGUCUCUUACCCCUCUCCUCUGGGGACCCUCAGACAUCUCUACUGUUACCAGUCUCUUACCCCUCUCCUCUGGGGACCCUCAGACAUCUCUACUGUCUCUUACCCCUCUCCUCUGGGGACCCUCAGACAUCUCUACUGUUACCAGUCUCUUACCCCUCUCCUCUGGGGACCCUCAGACAUCUCUACUGUCUCUUACCCCUCUCCUCUGGGGACCCUCAGACAUCUCUACUGCUACCAGUCUCUUACCCCUCUCCUCUGGGGACCCUCAGACAUCUCUACUGUCUCUUACCCCUCUCCUCUGGGGACCCUCAGACAUCUCUACUGUUACCAGUCUCUUACCCCUCUCCUCUGGGGACCCUCAGACAUCUCUACUGUUACCAGUCUCUUACCCCUCUCCUCUGGGGACCCUCAGACAUCUCUACUGUCUCUUACCCCUCUCCUCUGGGGACCCUCAGACAUCUCUACUGUUACCAGUCUCUUACCCCUCUCCUCUGGGGACCCUCAGACAUCUCUACUGUCUCUUACCCCUCUCCUCUGGGGACCCUCAGACAUCUCUACUGCUACCAGUCUCUUACCCCUCUCCUCUGGGGACCCUCAGACAUCUCUACUGUUACCAGUCUCUUACCCCUCUCCUCUGGGGACCCUCAGACAUCUCUACUGUUACCAGUCUCUUACCCCUCUCCUCUGGGGACCCUCAGACAAUUCACAAUGUUGAUAUAGCCCUGACGUAGCUCACCUGAUUCACCUAUAAGGGCCUGAUUAUUAGUUGACAAGUUGAAUCAGGUGUGCUAGCUGUGGUAUAGGUCAAAUACAUUGAAAUUCUGGGGGUCCAAGAGAAGAGGUUUGGAACAGCUGGGGUUCCCGAGGAGAGGUUCGGAACAGCUGGGGGUCCUGAGGAGAGGUUCGGAACAGCUGGGGUUCCUGAGAAGAGGUUUGGAACAGCUAGGGGUACCAGAGGAAAGGUUUGGAACAGCUGGGGGUCCAGAGGAGAGGUUUGGAACAGCUAGGGGUCCAGAGGAAAGGUUUGGAACAGCUAGGGGACCCAGAGGAAAGGUUUGGAACAGCUAGGGGACCCAGAGGAAAGGUUUGGAACAGCUAGGGGACCCAGAGGAAAGGUUUGGAACAGCUAGGGGUCCAGAGGAAAGGUUUGGAACAGCUAGGGGACCCAGAGGAAAGGUUUGGAACAGCUAGGGGUCCAGAGGAAAGGUUUGGAACAGCUAGGGGACCCAGAGGAAAGGUUUGGAACAGCUAGGGGACCCAGAGGAAAGGUUUGGAACAGCUAGGGGACCCAGAGGAAAGGUUUGGAACAGCUAGGGGACCCAGAGGAAAGGUUUGGAACAGCUAGGGGACCCAGAGGAAAGGUUUGGAACAGCUAGGGGACCCAGAGGAAAGGUUUGGAACAGCUAGGGGACCCAGAGGAAAGGUUUGGAACAGCUAGGGGACCCAGAGGAAAGGUUUGGAACAGCUAGGGGUCCAGAGGAAAGGUUUGGAACAGCUAGGGGACCCAGAGGAAAGGUUUGGAACAGCUAGGGGUCCAGAGGAAAGGUUUGGAACAGCUAGGGGACCCAGAGGAAAGGUUUGGAACAGCUAGGGGACCCAGAGGAAAGGUUUGGAACAGCUAGGGGACCCAGAGGAAAGGUUUGGAACAGCUAGGGGACCCAGAGGAAAGGUUUGGAACAGCUAGGGGACCCAGAGGAAAGGUUUGGAACAGCUGGGGGUUCAGAGGAAAGGUUUGGAACAGCUGGGGGUCCAGAGGAGAGGUUUGGAACAGCUGGGGGUCUCAGAGGAGAGGUUUGGAACAGUUAGUCAUCCUGAGAAGAUGUUUGGAACAGCUAGUUAUCCCGAGGAGAGGUUUGGAACAGCUAGUUGUCCCGAGGAGAGGUUUGGGACAGCUGGGGGUCCUGAGGAGAGGUUUGGAACCGCUGGGGGUCCUGGGGAGAGGUUUGGAUCAGCUGUGGGUCCUGAGGAGAGGUUUGGAACAGCUGGGGGUCUCAGAGGAGAGGUAUGGAACAGCUGGGGGUCCUAAGGAGAGGUUUGGAACAGCUAGUUGUCCAGAGGAGAGGUUUGGAACAGCUAGUUGUCCCGGGGAGAGGUAUGAAACAGCCUGGGGGUGUCAGAGGAGAGGUUUGGAACUGCUGGGGGUCUCAGAGGAGAGGUUUGGAACAGCUGGGGGUCCUGAAGAGAGGUUUGGAACAGCUGGGGGUCCUGAAGAGAGGUUUGGAACAGCUGGAGGUCCAGAGGAGAGGUUUGGAACAGCUGUGGUUCCUGAGGAGAGAUUUGGAACAGCUGUGGGUCCUGAGGAGAGGUUUGGAACAGCUGGGGGUCUCAGAGGAGAGGUUUGGAACAGCUGGGGUCUUGA